AAGAGGAGAGUCGUCUCUGCCAUGCUGGCCGAAGGUUUUCUCAGAGUGCAGCAUUACAGGGAGGAGAAGAAACUUGCCUCUGCUUCUACACAAGACAAAACACAGACACAUGGUACGGAUCAGGUCAGCUGUAUUCCCUCCAGCUCCGACUCUUCAGAUUCACUGUCGUAUCCAACCGAAGCAGAUCCAAAUCAGGAGGAGUUAGACUCCACCCAACCCCAGGGACUGAGAGUUGGACCUCCGGGCCCCAUAGGCCUCUCAAUCCCUGGAUGUCCACCUUCCCUCACCCUGGACCAGGACUUCGCAGUUUGCAUAGACGACUGUAGCCUGUUGGAACAGUAUCCAGACCUACAGGUGGCCGACUCAGGACGCAUCUCGCACAACCCGCUGAGAGCCGCCAUCGCCCAGCAUGGUUUGUACAACCCUGUCUCUGAAGUUCAACGUCACGCAGAGCGGGCAGCCCAGCAGAAGCUGCAGAGGGAGCCUGUUUCAUCCAUACCAGACCAGGGAUAUCUGGUCAUGGGGUCCAAUGUGGAUGUGAGCCUGGGUCUGCCUGGAUCUGGCUUGGAGCCCAUGUCGAACUCGCUUCUGAACGGGCUGCUGGAGAAACAGCUGGAGGAGGUGUACAUGCAGCACAUGACUGACAACUUGGCUCGAUGCAACUCGUACAUGGAGAACAGCCUCCUGCGCGGCCUAGUGCUGCCACAGGGGCCCGACUCACUGGAGGUCAGUCUGGAGGAAGGACCAGGAGGAGGAGCCGAAAGGAAAAUCAGUUAUCUGAGCACCCAGAACUUAGCUCCCUGCUCGUCCAACUUCAGCUCCCCUGUACUGAGGAUUUCAGAGAAUGAUAAUACUUAUCUGAAAAAAUGAAACAUGAAGGAACACAUCCUGCAAAAUUAAAUGUAAUUGACUGUAUUGCUCUUUCUUUCUAUUGUUGCGUCUUUUAUUCACAAUUACACAUAUCAGCAGAUUGUAAAAUGGGAGGGGUCAGUAAAGAAUUAUAUUUUUUUAUUUUCUCUUUCUGUAUCUACAUCAUUUUUGUUUACUUGCUUGAUGAGAAAUGAUGCCUCAAUUUGACCUGCUUUCAUGUGCCACCUGCUGUUGAAUUGUUGUACUACACCACAGUAACUUUACCUGUAGUUCAUAAGAAGUUAUCUUCCUGACAUUUACAGUGGGUGUGUGUGAGGUAGGUAAUAUAACAGAGCAAAGUGUAAAGUCAGUGUUGUACUGCACCCUGGAGAGUCCUCAUGAACGCAUAGUCAUGUAUCUGUCUGUAAAAUAACCCCUCUGCUGUAAACCAACUCAUAAGAGAAGCAUUAAAUCAUUAGUGAUCUUAA